AUGCGUGUCCUUAACCAUACUCGACGGGAUGUUAUUCCCUCUCAACGACUGCCUUUUCUAUUCUCUGCCGCCUCUACCACUAUAGGCUCCGUAUUGCCUUCUCUCGUCGCACGAGAUGACUCUACAUCCACCGCAUCUGCAACCGAGACAAGCUCGGGAGAGAAACCCACUAGUAACUUGAUGACAACUGUAUUACCAGUGGUAUUCGGUGCUGGUAUCCCCAUUAUCUGUGCCGUUGUCAUUUUGGUUAUCUUUCACCGACGACAUGUGAAGAAGUUGUCUCAAGAGGAUGAAAUGGACAAGCACAGAUCUCUCGAUUUUGGCAUGGACAUUGUAAAUUCCAAGUCCGGCAAGGGACAACAAAUGACACAUACCAAAGGAGGCUUGUCUCUAGAUAUUGUUCCUUAUCUGAUGCCACCUGGAAUCCAAAGUCCCUCACGAGACUCGCUGCAUUCGAUUUCUCGAUCAAUUGACGACGACAAGUAUCGCCCGGCUACGUUCACGCAGAAUGACAAUGCCUCCAUUCGAUCUUAUGGAGGUUCUACUCGCUUUGGAGGCCUGGAGGAGCCCAAUGCAGGUCUUCUGGGGAAUGCUGCACACAUGUCCCGCUCUUCUCCUCCGAUAUACCAGAGUCCUACCAACGAAUACCGCACCAGGUCUCCUGGAGGGCCUCAACAGCGUGGCCCUGGAUCUGCUCUGGCUCCCUCGUCAUCUAACUCCCCUAUCUCUCCCGUCGAGCGUAACAAAGUAUUGCCUGUUGGUAACCAAAAUCAGACCAUUGAACCGUCUCCUCUGUCUGCAGAGCCUCAGUUCAGUUUGGGCUCAGAAGAGGAUCUUCAUUAUGACAGCUCUCCUCACCAAACUGACUACCAUGAAGACCGUCCCAACUUCCCGCUACCGGAUCACCCUCUCACCUACCCUGAGCCUGUAGCGAUGCCCGAGCCUGAACACAGGCAGCAGACUCAACUCCCAAGAAUUUCCUUCCCAGCUAGUGAAGUCAGCGACUAUGGAGAUGAGCGACACUCAGAAAUGAUGGUUCCCGCAGUGAAUAUUCAACUGACCGAGGCCGAGGACGAACUCCAUAUGCCCAAUAUGCCUGCAGAGCCUGAAACUCCGGCCUACGACCCUCGUCGUGAUACCCGUCGGAUGACUCUUGGUGUGCGUCCCCUGCCCCCAGAUGAUCCCACCGACAACCCGGAGCAGCGUGCCAACCGCAUCCGAUCCUUCUACAAGGAAUACUUUGACGACAGCAAGCGGGAGACGACCUACUAUGAAGACCACGGCUCCGAGGUAUACGACGGUGGGUACGUCUAUGAUCCCACCACUGGAGAUUACUUCGAUGCCGCCCCUCAAGCUCCGUUCGCCGAACCCAUCGGCCGUCGAGCCAUGACUCCUCCCCCUCGCAUGCCUCCUCGCUUCCAAGGCGGCGCCCGCCAUAUGGCCACCAACUCUGCCGGCUUCAAUCCCGGACCACGGGCAUUCUCCUCGGCCUCUGCGCGUCCCCCUCCCGGUGGACCUCGUGGAGCUCCUCGUAAGAUGCCGCCCCCGUCACCACUCAACAUCCUUCCCACUCCGCACAUGUUGAAGGAUGACUCCAUAUUCAUGGCAGCCGACUUCGCUCCUAGCAGCGGUUUCCGCGGCCGAGCUGAAGGUCGCCCUGAAACCCCCACCGGUGGAACGAUGCCCUACAGUCCAGCAUUCCGAUCUCAUACACCGCUUGCUUCAGUGUUUGAUGAUCUCUCUGCGAUGCCAAGUCCACACGCGCUGCGGAAAUCAGGCGCAUUCACGUCACUGGACUUUGCCCCUCCGCCCCGAUUCAAGAACGCCGAUUCUGGCAGCGACGCAGGCAGCAUCCGUAGCAACCGGAGUGCUAUUUCGAACACUCACAUGAACAAUAUUCGUAAUGGCAACUACCGUGUCAGCCGCCUGCCAGCCGAUAUGGUCGGUACCAAAGAUGACUUGGUGAAUACGCUGCGUCCGCAAAUGGACUUGGCGCAACGGUGA